UUCCCAAAAUUCACACGGGGCAUCAAACAAUCCUCUUCGAUCUGCCUCACCAUCGGCCAUGGCGCUACCUUCCACCUUCCAAGAGAGGCUCCAUCAAAUGGAAGAGACCAAGAACCGACGUCUCCUUCUCCUUCAGUUUGAGAAGGAGCUCCAGGCCAAGAAAUCCUACAUUCUAUCUCAGACGCUGGCCAAAAUCCGCCGGAUAGAGCAGCGUUGCCUACUCCUGGAGAAGCAGAACGCCGAGCUAGGAUUCCAGAUCCUGGCCAGGAAAUCCGAGAUCGAUGCCCUAGAUGCUCGAUACCAUGAUGCUGUUCAUCAAUUUAGGGUUUUGAACCUUGAGAUUGAUGAGUUGGAGAUGCGGGAAAAGGAAAAUGAUCGGUUUUACGAGAUUAAACUCGUCGAAAUUAGGGAUUUCGAGGAUUGUGCUAGGAAAUAUCUCAUGGAAACUCAGCAAAAGGUGCAGGAUUUGCGGAAUUCCAUCGCUGAGCUCAAAUCAACCCUUAAAGAUAGUCAGAACAAUGCAAAAUUUACAGAAAAUGUUGAGGUAACUGCAGCAGAGGCAAGGAAAGUGGAACUUCUUGAUAUUAAAGACAAGUUGGACAGGACUUUGGCCUCAAACUACCAGUUGAGGGCAUUAUUGCAGAAACAGCUGCAGAAAAUGUUAAUCUUACAACAGAAAGAAAGUAAAACUCAACCAGCCAUGGUGAAUCAGGAAACUAUUACACCUACAGUGCAACGAGAACGAUAACUGACAAAUCAGGUUAGUCUCCUAUCAUGUU